UCACCUAUAAAUACUACGCGUCCAUACCUCGCGUUCAACAUCACACAAUUUCGUAAAAGAUUAGAGAAAAUCAAAACCAAACUAAGGAGAGAAAGAAAAAGCUUCGAAGGUAUUUCAAUGGCGGUAUCAAAUGGAAGUGAAUUUUUCGAGUUAGAGUUAAUGAGUACCGAUAUAGGUGACUCAUCGUUCGCUCGACCUUCAAAUGCGGAAUCAGUUGCUAGAGAUGAAGAAGACCUAGUUUGGGCCGCCAUUGAACGACUUCCAUCGCUUAAACGAUCGAAUUUGGCUUUACUACGUGAUAAUGAUGAUACUAAUAGUGGCGGAAAGAGAAUUUUCACCAUUGAUGUUACUAAACUUGAUCGCAAUCAUCGUGAAUUACUUGUUCAGAAAGCUCUUGAUACUCCGGAACAAGAUAAUUAUAAGCUCGUUUCUGGUAUUAAAGAACGCUUCAAGAGAGUUGGAUUGGAGUUGCCGAACGUAGAAGUAAGGUUUGAAAAUUUGAAUGUUACAGCAGAAGUUCAGACGGGGAAAAGAGCUUUGCCUACCCUCAUUAACUAUGCUCGUGAUAAGAUUGAGGGUAUUCUAAAACUUUUGAGGAUUUUUCGUCCUCAAAGAUAUACAUUAACUAUAUUGAAUAACGUCAAUGGGUACAUCAAACCUGGAAGGAUGACAUUGGUUUUGGGGCCUCCUGGAUCAGGCAAAUCUACCCUGCUACUAGCUCUUGCUGGAAAGCUUGACAAUAGCUUAAAGAGCAGUGGAAAAAUCACCUACAAUGGCCAUGAAAUGCAUGAAUUUUGUGUUCAAAGAACCUCUGCCUAUAUAAGUCAAACUGAUAAUCACAUUGCCGAGCUUACUGUGAGGGAAACUUUCGAUUUUGCUGCUAGAUGCCAAGGAGCAAGUAAAUGUUUUUCAGGAUGUAUGGAGGAACUUAUUCGAUUGGAGAAACAAACAAAAAUACGUCCCAGCCCAGAAAUUGAUGCAUAUAUGAAGGCAUUAUCUGUUGGUGAAAAAAAACAUAGCAUUUCAACAGAUUACCUUCUGAAAGUUCUUGGCCUUGAUAUAUGUGCAGAUACAAUUGUUGGUAAUGACAUGACUCGAGGGGUUUCAGGAGGUCAAAGAAAGCGAGUUACUUCAGGAGAGAUGAUUAUCGGUCCUAAGAAAACACUCUUCAUGGAUGAAAUAUCCACUGGGCUUGAUAGCUCAACUACAUUCCAGAUAGUCAAAUCUGUGAGGAACUUUGUUCACCAAAUGGAAGGAACUGUACUCAUGGCUCUUCUUCAACCAGCACCUGAGACAUUUGAACUCUUUGAUGAUUUGAUGUUGUUAUCUGAAGGGCAUAUGAUCUAUCAUGGUCCUCGAGAUGAAGUGUUGAUUUUUUUCGAAUCAAUAGGCUUUAAGUUGCCUCCUCGCAAGAGUGUUGCAGACUUUUUACAGGAGGUUACCUCUAGGAAGGACCAAGAGCAAUAUUGGGCAGAUCCUUCAAAACCCUACCGUUUCAUGACUACUGAAAAAAUUGCUAAAGCGUUUAGGAGUUCACAAUUUGGGAAGAACAUAAAAGAUACCCUAUCUGUUAGUUAUGACAAAUCGAGGAGCCAUCCUUUUGCUCUCUCCAGAUCAAUGUUUGCUGUACCAAAAUGGGAGCUUUUUAAGGCUUGUUUCUCACGAGAAGUGCUCUUGAUCCGCAGGCAUAGUUUCCUAUAUAUUUUUCGAACCUUCCAAGUAGUAUUUGUGGGAUUUGUUACAAGCACAACUUUUUUAAGAACUAGACUACACCCUACAAGUGUGGAUUAUGGAAAUCUAUAUCUUGCCUUCCUUUUCUAUGGGAUCGUACACAUGAUGUUUAAUGGACUUUCUGAGUUGUCUCUCAUGAUAUUUCGACUUCCGGUCUUUUACAAGCAAAGAGACAAUUGCUUCUAUCCUGCGUGGGCAUGGUCACUUUCGAGCUGGGUUUUGCGUGUUCCCUAUUCUGUGUUAGAAUCUGUUGUUUGGUCAUGCAUUGUAUAUUACACGGUUGGAUUAGAUCCUACACCUGAAAGGUUUUUCCGUUUCAUGUUGUUACUAUUUGUAAUCCAUCAAAUGGCAUUGAGUCUUUUUCGAAUGGUGGCUACGUUAGCAAGAGAUAUGGUCAUAGCCAAUACUUGUUCUUCGGCUGCGUUGCUUUGUGUACUAUGUUUGGGUGGAUUUAUUAUUCCAAAAGCUAUGGUUAAGCCAUGGUGGAUUUGGGCAUACUGGAUAUCACCUCUAUCCUAUGCGCAAAAUGCAAUUUCUGUAAACGAAUUCACUGCAACAAGAUGGAUGAUGCCCUCAGGAAACUCUUCCGUUGGGAUGAAGGUCCUCGAUUUACAUGCUAUACCAACAGAUGGUCGUUGGUACUGGAUUGGGAUUAUUGUCUUAUCACUCUAUGCGCUUCUUUUCAAUAAUAUACUUACAAUAGCCUUGACCUAUUUGCAUCCUCUUAAGAAAGCACAGACUGUAGUCCCAGAUGAGGUCUCAGAUGAUGGUGCUUUUAAUGGAGGCAAAGAUUCAAUUCAAAUUGGAGCUUUUAACAAUAAUCAGAAACAGAAGGGAAUGAUUCUUCCAUUUCUACCACUGAAUAUGACAUUUCAUAAUGUCAAUUACUUUGUUGACAUGCCAAAAGCGAUGAAGGAAAAAGGUUUACAAGAGAAUAGGUUGCAGCUUCUGUCAAAUGUGAGUGGAGUUUUCUCACCUGGAGUUCUUACUGCAUUAGUGGGAUCAAGUGGAGCUGGAAAGACUACUUUGAUGGAUGUUCUGGCUGGCAGAAAAACUGGUGGAUACAUAGAAGGAGACAUUAGGAUCUCUGGCUAUCAAAAAGUCCAGCACACUUUUGCCAGAAUAUCAGGUUAUGUUGAACAGAAUGAUAUACAUUCACCUCAGGUGACAGUAGAAGAGUCUCUCUGGUUCUCUUCUUGGCUUCGCCUCCCAAAAGAAAUUAGUAAAGAAACCAAAAAAGAGUUUGUUGAUGAAGUGAUGAGACUUGUGGAGCUUGAUAAUCUUAAGCAUGCAUUGGUGGGAAUGUCUGGGACUAGUGGGCUAUCAACAGAGCAACGUAAAAGACUCACCAUCGGGGUAGAGCUUGUGGCAAAUCCUUCAAUAAUAUUCAUGGAUGAACCGACAUCAGGACUUGAUGCUCGAGCAGCUGCUAUUGUAAUGAGAACAGUCCGUAAUACUGUUGAUACGGGGCGGACAGUAGUCUGCACUAUACAUCAGCCAAGCAUUGAUAUAUUUGAAGCAUUUGAUGAGUUGCUUCUUAUGAAACGUGGUGGUCAAGUAAUAUAUGGAGGAAAGCUUGGACUUCAUUCUCGAGCUAUGAUAAACUAUUUUCAGGGGAUAAAUGGAAUUCCUCCAAUUCCUGAUGGCUAUAAUCCUGCGACAUGGAUGCUUGAGGUUACCACCCCUGCAAUUGAAGAGAGAUUUGGUCAUGACUUUUUCAACAUAUAUAAAAACUCCAAUCAGUUCAGAGCGGUAGAAGCUACUAUAGAGAAAAUGAGUAUACCAUCACCUGGAUCAGAACCACUAAAAUUUGAUACAAAUUUCUCUCAAGAUAUCAUAUCACAAUUUUGCCUAUGUCUUCAGAAGCAACUUAUUGUUUAUUGGAGAUCACCACAAUAUAAUGCUGUGAGAUUGCUUUUUACAACAGUCUGUGCAUUGAUACUUGGCUCCGUUUUUUGGGAUGUUGGCUCUAAAAGGGAUUCAAUCGUUAACUUGAUUACAAUAAUGGGAGCCUUGCAUUCUGCAUGUAUGUUCUUGGGAGUUAGCAAUGCUUCUUCAGUACAACCUGUAGUUUCUAUUGAGAGAACAGUUUUCUACCGAGAAAAGGCAGCCGGAAUGUACUCUCCACUCGCAUAUGCAGCUGCUCAGGCCGUUGUGGAAGUUCCAUACAUUGCAGUACAGACCUUGACGUAUGGCAUCAUCACAUACUUCAUGAUUGGUUUUGAAAGAACAUUAACAAAGUUUCUGCUCUAUCUGGUUUUCAUGUUCCUUACGUUUACAUACUUCACCUUCUACGGAAUGAUGGUGGUUGGCCUUACGCCUACGCAACAUAUGGCUGCCGUUAUAUCUUCUGCAUUUUAUUCACUUUGGAAUCUUUUUUCAGGAUUCCUGAUUCCCAAGAAAUUUAUCCCUGGCUGGUGGAUUUGGUUUUAUUAUAUUUGCCCUGUAGCAUGGACACUCCAUGGAAUCAUUUCAUCACAGCUAGGCGAUGUUGAAACCAUCAUAGAAGGAGACGGGUUUAAGGGCUCAAUCAAAGAGUAUAUAGAUCUCCAAUAUGGUUAUGGUUCUAGAAUGAUUGGCAUUUCAGCUGCAAUUUGUAUUUGCUUCGUGUUCCUCUUUGCCAGUACCUUCGUUGGCUCCAUCAGAUUCCUCGAUUUCCAGAAAAGAUGA